AUGUACCGAGCCCUGAGUACCGGCACACAGCGGGGGUGCUCUGCCCUGCGCAGGUUGCUCAGCACUUUGGUGGUGGCAGAACAUGACACGCAGCAGCUCACCCCCAUCACCCUCAACGCAAUAUCUGCUGCCAGGAGACUCGGAGGGGAAGUGUCCUGUCUGGUGGCUGGAACCGACUGCAGCAAGGUAGCAGAGCAGUUAUCAAAGGUUGAAGGAGUUUCCAAGCUGUUUGUAGCUCAACAUGAAGCAUAUAAAGGUUUCCUACCAGAGGAGCUGGCUCCCUUGAUUCUGGAAGCACAGAAACAGUUUAAAUUUACCCACAUAUGUGCUGGAGCAUCAGCCUUUGGAAAGAAUUUACUGCCAAGAGUAGCAGCAAAGCUUGACGUAGCACCAGUAUCUGAUGUUAUUGACAUCAAGUCUCCAGAUACAUUUGUGAGGACAAUUUAUGCCGGAAAUGCUUUGUGUACAGUGAAAUGUGAUGAGUCUGUAAAAGUGCUCACUAUCAGGGGUACAUCCUUUGAAGCAGCUCAGAGUUCAGGAGGAAAUGCAAGCCUGGAAAAUGUGUCUCCACCUCCACCGGCUGGAAAAUCUGAGUGGCUGCAGCAGAGUCUGACCAAAAGUGACCGUCCAGAGUUGACUAGUGCUAAAGUUGUGGUCUCUGGAGGUCGAGGGUUAAAGAGUGGCGAUAACUUCAAGUUGUUGUAUGAUCUAGCAGAUCAGCUGCACGCUGCGGUGGGUGCCUCCCGUGCUGCUGUAGAUGCUGGAUUUGUCCCCAAUGAUAUGCAGGUGGGGCAGACAGGAAAAAUUGUAGCACCGGAACUAUACAUUGCGGUUGGCAUCUCAGGAGCUAUCCAGCACUUGGCUGGAAUGAAGGACAGCAAGACCAUUGUUGCCAUAAACAAGGAUCCAGAGGCUCCAAUUUUCCAGGUGUCAGAUUAUGGUUUAGUAGCAGAUUUAUUCAAGGCGGUGCCAGAAAUGACAGAAAUACUUAAGAAGAAGUAA